AUGAAGACAGUAGGGAGCUUCAUCUCGUUCCUCCUCGUUAUUCUACAUAGUUCGAGCUUGACGAAUUGUCUGUGCUACUUGGAGAACGAAACGGAGGCGCAAUGUCAAAAAUUAGAAGACGUCAAAUACAUCGAUGCCUUUCAAUUGGAAUCGUUGAAAGUAACAAAGAUCGACGGCACCUUGGAUCCGGAGAUUUUUAAGAAUUUGACCAAUCUCAAACAUUUGGAUUUGUCUGAUGGCGAUUUGAAAAGAAUAAAACCUGAUACUUUUCGAAUGUUGGCCAACUUGAAGAGUCUCGACUUAUCGAACAAUAGAUUGGAACACCUGAACUUGUCAUCGUUAGAGGGAUUACACGAAUUACGUAGUUUAAAUCUUCGAAAGAAUAAUAUCGCUCAAUUCCCAGUUGUAUUGUUACGUUUGAAGAAUCUGAAACAUUUGGAUAUUCAUGGGAAUCCGCUUCAAUGUAAUUGCGCAACUUUACUCGCAAGAAACUUAUUGAUAUCGAGAGGUGUCAAGUUGUCGAAGAAGAUCAUUUGCGUUGGUCCGAAUAGUUGGAAAGGUUCAUCGCUUUUAAAAUUGGAAACACAGAGGAUUUGCAAAGAGGAGCAGGAUGAUAAAGAGAUGUUAGGUGAUCAGCCAUACCAAGGAUCAGGAGACGGGGGUUCUGGUGAUGUUUUUGAUGAGAUGGAUGCCGAUGACGAGUUUCAAGACAUUGUGGAAAGUUCCGAAGAAACACCAGUUCAAGAGGUCGAGACCCCAGUUCCAGAGAUAAAACAAUUGUCCAGCGUGGAACCAUCAACGACUGCAUCUAUGGUAACAACAGAAAUUAGUCCCAUUAUUAAUGAAACUUUAUAUCCAAUAGUAUCAACCGAAUCGUCUGUUGAAAAAUUUAUGAAGGAAUCCGACGAGUUGUUCUUUGAUUCCGAGGAACAGAAACAAAAGUUUACUACUGAAAUGUCAUUGAAAAAGCCAGUAAAGGAUAGUUUAUUUUAUCCCAUUGAAGGAUCGGGAGAUGAAGGUUCUGGUUUAGAUGGUUCUGGUUUUGAUAUACUGUCUCACAAUGAUGAGGAAACCGAUGAAAAAUUGAUUUAUACGCCGGCGAAAACUACUUCUACCGAAAGCAUUAUCGAUAUGAUCUUUGGUGUAUUUACCGGAUCAGCUGCUACCGAAAAGAAGGAAGAGCCUAGUCUCGAAGAAGAAGAAUUCAUAGAUGCAUCACCAGCGAAAACUUUCCAUGAAACUGAAGAGGUGCCCGUUACAAAGUUGAUAACGAAAGCAACAACUGCGACCAUUCCAAUUGCCUCUUCUUCAACAAUUGGUCCAGAAUUGGUAGAAGUUAACGAAGCCGAUGACAUGUCGAAAUUAGGUACGAUCCGUGCCGAACCAGCCGGACCAGCCGAAGUUUCAAGUAGAAACGAUGAAUUAGCGGAGGUGUCACCAGCUAGACAAUCUAAAAAGGGAAUGGGUUCUUACGUUGUCUUGGCUGCUUUGUUGAUCAUUCUUGCGGCUUUGAUAGGAUUCGCAGCUUACAAGGGCGACUUUUGUAGGAAGAAAAGGAAACGAGGUGACGUUGAGAACGGUACCGAGAUGAAGGAUAUGCAGAAGUCUCUUUUAGAUACGGGUAAUCAAGUGCAACCGAAAAUAGCAUCGAACGGUAAUCCGGAAAAUGUGCCAUUGGUCGAUAGUACGAUCGAACACGAAGACACAAAAGAAUCUAUGGGGUCUCAGGAGAGAAUAAGAGGUCAAAAUGGUCAUCAGGAUCAAACAGAUAAUACGGAUCCCGUGAAACCUCCAAGAAAGGUAUUGGGUACACUGGAAGAAACGAAGCCUAUUCAAGAGGCCUUGCAGGAUUCGAUAUCCUCAAAAGAUGAAUCAUUUUCAGCGAGGACGAGUCCCGUUGAAUCAGCAAGAACGACCAGUCCGCGUCUUUCAGAAACAAAUGGUCCACCCUUGAGUCCUGGAGCUCAGAGAGUAAAAAUUACUCUUCAAGAGAAUCCAGAUAGCGUCCCGAAAACGCCUAUACUCAUAACGCGAACGUCCGUUGGUGAUAAUCUAGUCAAGACACCGUGA